CCAGCACCAGUUCUUUUCAACAACGUGUGAAUGUGACACACUAUACAGAACACACAACACAAUACAGAAAUUGUUGUGCUAACAUAGCAUGUCCCCAAAACAUUCUUUAUAAUGGUUUAAGGAAAAAACUCAACAAUGAAAACGUCACCACACAACAUGACUUAUACUACAAGGUUUCUAAGCUUCAUUCUCCUUAAUCUCCUCCUCUUCAUGAUCCUAACAACUGCACAAUCACCAUUUUAUAUGUAUAGUGUUUGCGAGAAUUCAACUCAAAAAAUACUCAACGCUUCGUACCAAUCCAACGUUAACAACUUUCUGUCAUGGACAACAUCGGAUUCUGCCAAACAAACAGUAUCUAACCACAACACCAUAGUUAGCAACAACAACAAUGAUCAUGAUACGGUUUAUGGGUUCUAUGAUUGUCGGGGUGACAUCACAGGAAGUUUCUGUCAAUUUUGUAUCAACACUGUUGUUAGAGAUAUUGCAAAAUAUUGUCCCAACAGUGUCUCAGCUAUGAUAUGGUAUGAUUUAUGCAUCAUGGGUUACACUAACCAGAAUCCCUCGGGAAGAGUUAUUGUAACUCCAUCAUGGAAUGUAACCGGAUCUAAAAUCGUUAAAGACUCGACAGAACUUGCGAAAUCUGAGAAUAACAUGAUGAGUUUGAUACGAAAAGUGACGACAGAAGGCAAUCCCAAUUGGGCAAUGGGUGAGUUCAAUUGGAGUGACACUGAGAAAAGGUAUGGUAUGGUGCAGUGUAAUAGAGACCUUAGUAAGGAUGGGUGUAGACAGUGUUUGGAGGCUAUGUUGGAUAGAGUUCCACAGUGCUGUGGAACAAAGGUUGGAUGGGUAGUUGUGUCUCCUAGUUGUGGGAUGAAGAUUGAUGAUUAUAAUUUCUACGGACAACAAACAGGAUCUCCUUCUCCUUUGCCAAAUCCAGGCAAGCAGGAAGGAUCAAGUAAAACUAAAACCUUAAUCAUCAUCUUAGUAACUGUACCUUUGGCAGUAGCUCUACUAAGCUGUUGUGUCUACUAUUGCUGGAGAAAGAAUGGGUUAGGUAAAGCUUCCUUGCUAGGUGGAUUUUUCUUGAGGACCACUACUCCUAUAGCUUUCCGUGAUAAUGUUCAAGAAGAGGAAUUGUUGAAUGCGGACCUUCCGACGAUCCCCUUAACUGUAAUUCAACAGGCCACAAAUAACUUUUCAGAGUCGUCUAAAUUAGGAGAAGGCGGAUUUGGCCCUGUCUACAAGGGUACUUUACCAAAUGGCACAGAAGUUGCUGUCAAAAGGCAUGCAGAGAUGUCAGGUCAAGGUUUAGAGGAGUUCAAGAAUGAAGUAAUCUUCAUAGCUAAACUGCAACACAGAAACUGAAGGUGAA